AAUCCCCACAAUUCAAACCUCAUCUUACUUUUACCUCCAUUCGCCCACUUACUUUUCCUUUCACUCACGAAUCUUAAUUGAAAAUUCAAGGUGCUGCUACAGUUGCCAGCUAUUAGGUCUAGAACUCGUGAUUGUAAAUCAAUCUCCGCUGCUUCCGCCGAUUUGAUUCCACUUUACCAACUUUCUAUUGCUGAUUUCGACCUUGAAUUUCGUAACAAAUCAACGCCGUCGCCACAUCGUUGCAAGUCAAUCCUUCUAAUCUCUAUAAGAAUUAUGAAGUUUGGUUUGGAAGAGCGGGUGGCUAGGAUGAAGCUGAAAGGGAGGCCCAUGGAUCACGGGUAUUACAUGCCUGCUGAGUGGGCGCCUCACUCGCGCUGCUGGAUCGGCUGGCCUGAACGGCCAGACAAUUGGCGUGACAAUGCCGUGCAUGCUCAACGUGUCUUUACCAGAGUUGCAACUGCAAUUUCAAGAUUUGAACCAGUUACUGUAUGUGCCAGUUCUGCGCAGUGGGAGAAUGCCCGCAGUCAAUUGCCAGAACAUAUCCGGGUGGUUGAGAUUAGCAUGAAUGACUCUUGGCUCCGUGACACUGGACCAACUUUUCUUGUCAGAAAUAGUCUAUUAGAUAACAAGAACUUGGACAGCAAGGUUGCAGGGAUUGAUUGGAACUUCAAUGGCUAUGGUGGCAUGGAUGGAGGUUGUUAUGAGGAUUGGAGCCUUGACUUACUUAUCGCUAAUAAGGUUCUGGAAAUUGAAAAUGUUCCAAGGUUUUCUCAUUCUAUGAUUCUUGAAGGUGGAAGUGUUCAUGUUGAUGGAGAAGGGACUUGUCUUACAACAGAGGAAUGCCUACUGAAUAAAAAUAGAAAUCCUGGUUUAUCUAAGGGACAAAUUGAGGAUGAACUUAAGGCAUACCUUGGAGUGAAGAAGGUCAUCUGGCUGCCUCGUGGAUUAUUUGGUGAUGAUGACACUAAUGGGCACAUUGAUAACAUGUGCUGUUUCGCGAGGCCUGGUGUAGUUUUAUUGUCAUGGACCGAUGAUACGUCAGACCCCCAAUACGAACGAUCAAUGGAAGCUCUUUCUGUUCUUACCAGCGAAACUGAUGCCAAAGGUAGAAAAUUCGAAAUUAUCAAACUUCAUGUGCCAGGACCACUCUAUAUGACAGAGGAGGAAGCUAAUGGACUACAGCAGGGCGAUGGUAAAGGAAGGGAUCCUGGCACGAGACUUGCGGCCUCAUAUGCAAACUUCUAUAUUGCAAACAGAGCAAUUAUCACCCCUCAAUUUGGUGAUAAGAAGUGGGAUGAUGAAGCUGUUCGCGUCUUGUCUUCCGCCUUUCCAGAUUAUGAGAUUGUGAGAAUCGAAGGCGCUCGUGAUAUCGUGCUUGGUGGAGGCAAUAUACAUUGCAUCACCCAACAGCAACCAGCUUCUCCAUAAAUCUAAAGCUUCAAAGGCAGCGUCUAUUGCCUUGAAUUUAUUGAUUCAUAACUUUACUCAAAAUUCACUCUCGUAUUCUCUUCUAUCAACAAUGUUUCUAUGCAAACUUUUAGAAGCGAAGCACAUAAUAAUUUGCACUGCUUGAUUUGUAAAAUAUAUUGUUUUGCGAUUUUCUCUCUUUCUUCAGACAACUUGCAAAUCAACUUGAAAGGUAAAUGUGGCAUCUUAGGGCAUGGGUAAUGGAUAGGAAAAGUGGGCGCUGCACCGGUUGGGAGGUGUGUCGUGCGGUACACCCCGUUGCUGGAGUUUGGGGGGGGGGGGUGUGAUGAGAAAGGAGGAUGACGCUAGGUGGAGAGAGCGGUACAGGACAGGUCACGAUGUGCGUUGCGGGGUUGUAAUUUUACUAUUCAUACAAAAUGUUACUAUGUCAUUAUUUUAUGUUUGUACAAAAAGUUUGAAGUGUGCAAGAAUAAUACAUUCGCAUUUCAUGUAUACAUUUUGUUAACUAUAUUUAGCUCAACGUCAACCUUUUGCUAA